UUCUCAUUUCUAUUUAAAAUUUCUUACACGUGAACAGUGUUUCGCACUUUACAAAGUGUUUUCGUGUACAGUUUAUCAUUUGAUGCCCAAGGUGACCUUCCUGAAGUCGGCAAGGAGGUCUUAAUUUACAAAGGAGCAAAUAGAAAUCGAAAUUGAGGAAGGAUCAGUCAGCUGCAUCCCAGUCCAGAGUUCUUAAUCCUUUUUUUACAGAAGGUUUAGGAGACUUUAAAAUCAAUAAUAACUUAAUGCAACAUAAUUUUUUUUUUUUUGACUUGGUAUUUGAUGUCUUACUUGGUCAGAUUUAACUGAGGUUUUGAAGGUCGUUAAUUUGGAUCCCACACCUUGGAGAGGAGGAGCAGGGGUAAGGAAGAAUGUAGCUUCACUACACAUUUGACGUCAUUUGGAAAUUCGCUUCAGCUCCUGAAGUCUCUUCCCGAGAGGGUGGGUUAAAAUUCAUUACAAGGGCCUGAGAAGAAUGGAGACUCGUGAAAUAGUCACUAACAAGAGCAAGUAAAGCAGCGAAGUUGGGACUUUUUUUCCUGCCUUGUGGCCUCGCCCCUUCGCAAGGACUGGACUUGUGUUUAUUGAGUUGCAGUGUUUCGCUGACAGUGGGUGCUACGCCCUGUCUUGUGACGUUGAACGCUAUCUCGUGUCAAAGGAAGUAAGCUGUGAUAUCAUAGAGGAUUCACUUGGAACUCUGCGGGGUGCUGGCUGACGGUGAUGAGAUGCCCACCGAGACAUGAAGAUUUCAGCUGCUGGUCUCAUCCUUGGGAGCCUGGUGUUAGCCUUCUCUCUGCCUUUGGUGGUGGCUUUGUCAAAAACACUGGCCAUCCCUAAGAAGCUGCAAGAAGCCGUGGGGAAGGUCGUUGUCAAUGCCACAACCUGUACUGUCACCUGUGGCCUUGGCUACAAGGAAGAGACAGUCUGCGAGGUGGGCCCUGAUGGUGUGAGAAGAGAGUGUAAAUCUCAGCGCUUGGAAUGUCUGACCAAUUGGAUCUGUGGAAUGCUCCAUUUCACCAUUCCCAAAGGGAAGGGAUUUGAGCUCAGCUGUCUGAGUUCAGACAUCCUGGAGAUUGGGCAGGAAGCAUUCCGGUUCACCUGGAGACUUGCUCGGGGUAUCAUCUCUACUGAUGAUGAGAUCUUCAAACCCUUCCGAGCCAGUACCUACUUUGUGAGGUUUCCCUCUGUUCAGGAGUACGACUCUGGGACAUACCGGUGUGAUGUGCAGCUGUUAAAAAACUUGAGACCUGUCAAGAGACUCUAUUUUGGGCUGCGGGUCCUUCCCCCUGACUUGGUGAACCUGAAUUUCCAUCAAUCCCUUACCGAGAAUCAGAAGUUAGUUGAUAAGGGCCUGGAAGUGAAUCUAGACAACCAGUCCGAGCCUCACCGCCCACGGUGGAAGAAGAAGGUGGCUGUAGCCUUGGGAAUAGGAGUUGUCGGUGGCGUGGCUGGUGGUGUAUUGAUGGCCAUUGCUCUGGGCUUUGGGCUGAGGGUGGUCUAUAGAAGUGCUGGCCUUGAGUCCUUAAAAGCCCUGAAGGACUGGCUGCCCAGGACCCUGGACUGGCUGUUUAGGAAGCCAAGCUAGCUCUUCAAAGGAUUGUCUGGCUGAGUGAUUGUGGCUCAGCCAGGAGGGAGGGCUUCCACUGCCAAAAGUGAGUGGGGCCCGGGGAUAGGGGCAACACCAUGGUAGCGUGAUGGGCAAUGCUCUGCCUCUCCGUGUCCCAGGUGGAUCUCUUCCUGAUCUUUCCUGCCCACGUGGCACCUGGGAAGCCCGAGUGUAGGCCCCUCCCCUGUCCCCGGGAAGAAGAUUCUGUCUUCAAGCUCGCAGUCAUUAUCUUUCACAAUUUGAGGUCUCUCUACCUCCAUCCCUUCCUCUGAGUGGUAUAAUCACAUAAAGGAUAUAUUAAUAGCUUUUCUAGUGGAAACCUUUUUUUCCUCUUCAAUAAAAAUAAUUCACAGUGGCUGUGUAUAGACCUGACCUUCUCUGCUCUUUAGUAAAAAUCUCCUGCAUAUGUGUAAGUUGUCCCAUAAUCAACCUAGCUCUCCUCUUUCUUAGAUUUCUUAGACAUUGAGCACAUCGCUUUGGAGGACGGCAAAUGCCCAUGUGUGGCCAAGCCAAGGCGAUUAGUAAUGGCAUCUGACCCGGGUAUGUAACAGCCACUCAAUACAUUGCUCCUUCUCUACGCCCCCGGUGAACCCUCUGUGUUCAGUGUUAAAGACUCCUGGUAAAACGCUGGACCCUUCACCUGGUAGGUUUCCCCUGAACAAGUUCCUUGGCUUGCCUCCUGCUCCUGUUCUUCUAGCUCUUGCAGUGCCCUGACGUGUGUGUUCCUGGAAAGGUCAAGUGUAUUGGUUUCUUCCAGCAGCCAAGGCUGUCCAAGGAGGGACUAAGAGCUUCCUACCUCCGUAGGAAAUAAAUCCUAAGACCCUCAGAGACCAUUGAGGCAGUGUGAGGUAAUUAGCUGAUGGAAUUGUUGGGGAAGAGGCUCAGCCACCCCCUGAGCUCAUUCUGAGAGAAUUAGAGCAUUUCUUCUCCUCACUUUUCUCUAGCUGCAGACAUGGUAGCAGAUACGAAGACUCGGACUAGUGGUUCUCUUCUCUAGCUAUGUGUCUGAAUCACCUGGAUAAACUUUUGAAACAUAAGAUUCCUGAGCCCCAACCCUGAGGAUGCUAACUCAGUUAAAAUUAUGGCUAAUGGCUCAUUAUUAUUCUACUAAAAACAAUUUCAGGGGCACCUGGCUGGCUCCGUC